AUGAGUGGUCCAGGGACACUCUGGGGAUCAGCUGAGAGUGGGAAUCCAACUUCUCGCCUGGGCUGCGUAUCUCGACUGAGUUUAUUGAUGAGGUUGGGCUCUACUUCAAAGACCUUGCUUGAUAUGAAGAAGAUUCACGUCACCUUGGGUAUUCCUGCUUAUUCUCAAUGGCCUAACCAAGGAGUUCCCGAAGAUACAUUUUCUGUUCGUGAAAUUGAGAAAAGAGUAAUGUAUCAGGUGGCACCCGCCAUACCCGACUGCAGCCCAAUUGUGGUGCACUGCAAUAUAGGUGUUGGGAGAACUGGAACGUACUGCACCAUUCAUGAUACAUUGCAGAGAAUUCUUUCUGGGAACAUGCCUGGUUUAGAUUUAGUAAAAACAAUAACCACAUUCAGAUUUCAGCGAGAUGGAAUGGUUCAGAAACCAGAGCAAUAUCGUUUAUGUUAUGAUGCCCUUGUUGAUGAAUUAGAAGACCACAUCUCGGAUGGAUCCCCAGUUGAGUAUUUAGUGAAAUGA